CCUAUACGCCACUCAAACUUCUGUUCAUGGUUCUCAGACCAUGGAUCCCCUUUGUGGAAAAGUUUACGUUUUUCAAGUUACGUUAGUGAUGGGAGCGUGUUAACUGUGAAGUUUAUUGUUCAUAUUCCUCCGCUCAUCGCAUCGACUUGUGUUUCAUCCUGUGUAAUAAGGGUACGGCGAAACGAAGUAGUUUGAUGACGCCGUCGCCGUCCUACUACGUGUAAAUGAUCUGUCCGGCGGUUCCUCGUAGACCAUGUUUGGAAGUGCUGUGUAUUUCGCCUCUGUGAUUUGUGCGCUGUGUGUUUGCAUAGUACUCCCAGGAUUACGUUUAUCACGGUAACGACGUAGGAGACGAGCGCCCAUAUGGCGCAGCAGCAGUCGGAGAAGGGGUGAGCAAAGCGCAGGCGAUCUAGCCCCCCCUUCCCCCGAGCGAGCCCCGGGAGGAGCACCGCUCUGCCAUGCUGCGGCCCGGUGAUGCCGCCGGCGGAGGGGGGGACCACAGGGGGACCCUGGGCCCCACAUCCCCAAGCCCCGUGGGGCCUACCGCUGGCCCGCACAAGGUGGCAGCGGGAGCGCACAAGGAGUACCGGCUGAAGGCCCUCCAGCAGAUACGAAACAGUCUCAUGCCUUUCGCCCACGACCAAGAUGGCGGGGGAAGGGGAAGACGCUCCUCUGACCAAAUGUCCAGUGCCAGUUCAACGGCCAGCGAGUCCAGUUCUUACGCGUCUUUACCGUCCCACACAUCCUCUGAGGAUCCUGGCUAUCGGUCGACGAAAAGGCCUCCCAAGAUCAUGGAAUUCGGACAAGACAAGGAGCCCCAUCUCAAUGGGCUGUCUAAAUCGGGAGGCAAGCUGAAGGCCUUACGGAAGAACAGCUUUGCACUGGACGGGGUGCCACUCUGGGAACGCUCCAUGCUAGACAUUGGCACAAGCUCACGAUCUGACAGCCCUGCGAGCGUGACAAUCACCGGGUUACAACAACGGAGUCUCCUGCCGGACCCCCCUCGUCUGCUGACCCCAGAUUUUCCCCCCAGCGAGCCCCCGCCUCCUCCACCACCGCCAAGGGGUGCGGCAAUGGCACACACAGUUUCCAUGUUGAAGCAAGCUCCGAGGGUACCUUCAUCCAUCAGUGGACACAGCAGCAAUUCUUCAAAGAACCCUAGUCCUGUGCCUUUCAAUGGCGCCCGACUGCAAGGUUUGGGCUCCUAUCAAAGUGGCAUGGCCCCACCUCCGUACCUGGCGAGCUUGUCCUCUUACACAGCGUCCAGCAGCUCAGGAGGCAGACAGAGUCCUGCCAACACUGUCAGCAGUAGUGAGUACUCAGUGCCACCAGUGACCCAGAAGAGGACUCCCCCUCCGGCGUACACUCCACCACCAUCUCAGAGUCCACAGCCACCAGGAGCAGUUCCUCCGAGGCCAUCUCCGUUGCAAGCAUGGUCAGCGCGGCAGGCCAAGUCCCAAUCCCCAGUGAUCAUGCAGUCCGUCAAGAGUACUCAAGUUCAGAAACCAAUUCUACAGACAGCUAUAGCGCCCACCUCACCACCACCAAUCCCGCAGACAGCUUAUGGCUUCCCGUCUUCGGGACAAGUUCCGCCACGGCCAACGGAACCUCCACCAUACCCGAAUCAAGUGCCACCACCGUCCUAUUCUGUCGCAGGAACGCACCAGCAACAGCAGCAGCAGCAAUCCCAGCAGCAACAUAGCUACCCAAAUGUUUCUCCGCAGCAGCCGCCACCGUAUGCCUCAGCACUCCAUCUUCACCAAAAUGGAGGCACCAUGACGUCGGUGCAUCAGCACCAGAGACAGGAAGUGCCAGUUACAACAGGAUUUGCCACUCUUCCCCCACCGCCAUAUGCAGCCUCAGUGCAGACAAGACAAGAAGUUGUACCCACAACAGUGCCCACGACGGAGCCGCCAAGCUACGCUUCUUCUGUUGUGGCCUUGGCAGCCCAGAGAGCUGCAGCUGUGCUUGGAAAGCAGCAGCAAAUGUCUGUAUCAAAUUGCACAACUGGGUCUCCUGCGAGUUUCCAACAGGGAAGCCACAGCCGCACGACUACGACGACAGCAAGUUCAGAUCUAGUAACGACAGUAGCCAGCAUUUGCUCUUCGCAAGUAUCUGCACUGCAGGGGACAAAUGCUGUCCCUCAGGUUCCAAGAGGUCACCUCAAUGGGAUCCGCAAACCAUCACCGAUCGUCACUGACACAGCAAGUUCAGCAUCGAGGUCAGAAUCUCCAGUGUCCUUUAUGUCGACGACGUCUGCGUCUUCGCCGUCAACGCAGUCAGACUCGACGCACGACUCUGGGCGAGGGAAGACCACUCAUCAGUCUCCCAUUCCUGUACGGAAGGAAUGGGCCAAGGAGAAAGAGGAAGAGCGGGGGUCAUCAAAAGUGAGGAACUACUCAUCAGCAGCUUACAAAUUCUUCAUGGAGCAACACGUUGAGAAUGUACUCAAAAGUCAUCAGCAGAGACAGCGGCGCAGGGAACAACUGGAGGCAGAAAUGGCCAAAGUGGGACUGUCCGAAGAGGCUCAGAGACAGAUACGAUGCAUGCUCUACCAGAAGGAAUCGAAUUACAUUCGUCGAUGCCGAGCCAAGAUGGACAAGUCCAUGUUCACUCGCAUCAAGACAAUAGGUGUGGGAGCCUUUGGCGAAGUUGCGCUAGUUCGGAAGGAGGACACGAAUCAGCUGUUUGCGAUGAAGACACUUAGCAAGGAGGACGUGCUGAAACGAAAGCAAGUGGCACACGUCAAAGCGGAGCGAGACAUCCUGGCGGAGGCAGACAAUGAGUGGGUUGUGAAGUUGUACUACUCAUUUCAGGACAAGGACAACCUUUACUUUGUGAUGGACUACAUCCCAGGCGGAGACCUCAUGUCACUUCUCAUAAAAUUUGGGGUGUUCCAGGAGCCCCUGGCACGCUUCUAUGUAGCUGAACUGGUACUCGCAGUGGAAAGUGUCCAUAAGUUGGGAUUCAUUCACCGCGACAUCAAGCCGGACAAUGUGCUCAUUGAUAGGAAUGGCCAUAUUAAGCUCACAGAUUUCGGGCUGUGUACAGGGUUCCGAUGGACUCAUAAUUCCAAGUACUACCAGCGCAAUGGGGAACAUGCUCGACAGGAUUCUAUGGACCCUGACAGAACGUGGUCUACAGAGUGCCACUGCAACAAUGGCAACAGCAAACCAUUAGAGAGGCGGCGCAAAAAGGAACAUCAGCGAUGCUUAGCACAGUCCCUCGUUGGCACUCCCAAUUAUAUUGCUCCCGAAGUUCUUGCACGCCAAGGCUAUGGACAGUCGUGUGAUUGGUGGAGUGUAGGAGUCAUCUUGUAUGAGAUGCUGGUUGGGCAGCCACCUUUUCUGGCCAACACGCCAAGUGAGACCCAGUACAAGGUACUCAACUGGGAGGCAACACUGCAGAUUCCCAAGAAUGCAAAGCUCUCACCAGAGGGUACAGAUCUGAUCCUGAAACUCUGCUGCGGUGCUGACCGCCGCCUCGGUCGCAACGGCGCUGAGGAGAUCAAGUCGCACGCGUUCUUCAUCCCCAUAGACUUUUCUGGUGACCUGCGCAAGCAGACUGCUCCAUACACCCCUAACAUACGCUACCCGGCGGACACUUCGAACUUCGACGCUGUCGACGAAGCGGCGCUUGCACUGGAGCGGGCAGAGGCAGCGGCGUCUGCUCCCAGCGACCUGGGGCGACAUCCCGAGCAUGCUUUCUUUGAGUUCACCUUCAGGCGCUUCUUUGAUGAUGGCGCGCAAGCAUAUCCCGUGAGAGCGGGUACCGGCUCCGCGCUCGGAGUGCCCGGAAAUAUAGCCGAGGCAGGGGCCGAGGAAGCGGGGGACGGUCAGGGGUCACCCGUGUAUGUGUGACUGUGCUCUCGGUGGAAAUGUACGUCCAGGACAGCAGUGUCGCAGCGGUUUUUGCUGUUACCGGUACGAAUCUGAGGGAUUCUCUCGACGAUGGACGAGAAUUUUUUUUUUUUUAAGGAAGUUGGAAGACGUUCUCGUGCCGAGCACAGAGAGUGCGAGCUAUACUUUCCGUGUUCAUUUUUGAUGUGCAGAUUUUAAUUAUUUUAAGAAAUGACGUAGUAUUGGAAGCUGUGCGUUGCCACAUGUGCCUUGAAGAUGAAGGGCUGUGGGUAAUCUGUAUUUGGGUAAGCGUGCAGGACAGUAAUGAGCCAAAUGUGUUUCUAACUUCAGGACUGCCACAGGAUCCAUGCAAUGCCCGGUACAAAACUUCAUAUUUAUAGUGCUAGUGUUUCCUUCAUUGGUCAGGCGUCACGUUGCUUUGGCAUGCCCCCCCUCGUUCACCAUCGUACUAAUCUGUGGAUUGACACUAUGUUGCCUGAACCUUACAAAUCCUUUCACUAGGCAUAUGUGUGCGGUGGCGUUAGUGUCUAUCAACAGAAACUUUCACAGCCCCUCAAAAAGGGAAGAUCUACAAUCAGCGUAUUUGUUUGCUGUUUUUUUUUGUUACUUCCCAUUCAGAAGCAAAAGGCUAAGAGAAAGGUCACAGAAGCACAGUGCCUUUGUUAUACAUCAAAAGCAGACUAUAUUUGAUACAGCUAAGAUUUUUGUCCGCACGACCGUUACGCUGUGCGCCAUGUUGUCAGUAGCACACAUUGGCCAAAGCAAGUGAAGUUUACUCCCAGGUUUUGCUCGCUCCAGGUUAAUAUGCCCCUGAGCAAGUGAAUGAUCUCAGCCAUGCAAAGAGACUUCUUGACUUGAUUUACACAUGCACAUAACAAAAAAAAGAAAAAGGUGUCCCGGUUGAAACUAGUGUCUUUGGACUCUUACGAGGCACUAGUUGUGUAUGUGGGUGGAGCACUUGUUGUUGUUGUUGCUGCUCCACCUGGUAUUUUGAAAGGUACAGUUGUGAUAACUGUGAAAAGCUGAUGAGCAUAAAGGAUAGUGUAACAUGGAACUAUAAAUAUUUUAUAUAUAGCUUGCGUGUAAAAAUUUUUCUUUAGGAGUGUGGCACAAGUGUUUGAAAAGGCUGAAUGCCAUGCCAUUGCCCCCUUAUAUUCUCCUGAGCUAUAGACAUAUUUAGUAAUUACUUGUUUCCUUCCGCUGAAUGCGUGUGUUGUCAUUGUACAGGGCUCUCGAUAUGACCUACCUCUUCACCUUUCUGCUUAAUUUUCUGCUUGCAGUGCUUCUGUUGUGCCAGCCCGUUGGUACACCUAUCUUUGUCUUAUUUAUUGGUAUUUGAAAGAUUGUAUGGCAGAUUUCAUUCUUUCUUUCUGUGUGCAUGUUCCGUGCCUGCUACAAUGGCUUCCUUCACCACUUGUGCUCUCGCUGGGGCGUUAGAUGUGUUCCCAUUUUAAGAUCACUAAUCAAAAUUUCGAUUUGAUCAAGAUUCCUUUUGUGUGACGAACAAUCAUGUUGUGUUCAGUUCUUUGGGCGAAUGUUGCACGAUUUUGUCUAUUCCUUUUUGUGUUUUUUUGCCAAUGAACCCACGCACGACGACAGACAGAGGGUGUAAUGCUGACGAAAUGGCUCUUAUGCCCACGAUAACUGGAAAACCAUUCUGGGUACUCAGUAUGAAGUACAGAGACAUUACAUCAUUGUACAUGAAGAUCAUUGCUGAAUGACUAACAUCUACUAAGGUCAAUUUUCUGUUAGAUGUUGUGCAUUGCAAAUGCGGCACAUCAUUGUCUCUUAGGGCAUAUGUGUGGUUAAUCUGUUGUUAAGAAAGCUGCGUUGCUGUGACAUCGAACAAUAGUGUAUAUAGUUGAAGAUGGCAGUUGCACUGCAUAGGUUUUUUCUUCUUUUUUUUUGCAUCUGUUACCUGCAUCUUUUCAGCUGUGUGUGACUGCAGCAAAUCUCACAAGCAUAUUUACUCAUAAUCAUCUCUUCUAAUAAAGUGAGAAAAUGCAGUGAAAUUUCCCAGCUUCAUAAGACCCGAGGUGCUCUUUUGUAUAGUGCCUUACAAAUGUGCCAAAGUUUCAAAUGAAUACAAUACUUGUGGUUUUGAGGCCUUUUAAAAGUUCUCUGCUGUUCAGAGCACACAAGGAACCUGAGAUUUCAUUUCACUGCUGCUGUAGCAAAACGUUUGUUGCUUUUCACAAAUUGCUCCUCUUUGCAAAAGAAAACAUUUAGCGGCUGAAAGGCAGGACCUACAUCAAAACACCCCUACAUAUGCAAUCCACAAAUUACAGAGUAGAAUUCGUUGUGUAACCAAAAUAUUGAUGUGCAAGCCUCGCUUACCCUUGCAUUACAAAGAAAGCAUAGGAUAUGUGUAACAGCACCAUUAGUUUGAUCUAGGCUAAAUGAAGCAUUGAUCCUGCAACUGACACUAGCAAAGCUUGUGGUGCACUGUUGGGUGUUUGCAUUAACAUGAUUAAGUGAUAUACUAACCGUUUCAAGCACAGAAGCAUGCAGGUCGGAGCACAUUGCCAUAAACAUAGCACUUCAAAGUAAACUACGGGCAUGUGUCUCCCGUACUACAGCCAGCCUUCUAACGUCACUAGGGUUAGCCCUGACCAAAGUGGUGUAGGAUGCGAGGAUAGCUUUGUGUGUGUGUGUGUGUUUGUUUAAAUGCGUGGCUGCAGGUAUGAAUCGUCGCUUACUUGACCUCAGCUGAAGAAUGUGAGGGGGUAGCGGAUUGAGAUGGAUGCUCCUCUGUAACUGUAUUGCUUUCAUUUCCUGUAUAUAAUGUACAUUUAAGACCGGCUUUUCUGUUGUUUGUCGCGUUUUUGUUUUCUCGUGUGGUGUAUUUCACCAGAACUUGUACAUAGAUCUCUUUUGAGAGAAAGGGAAUACAGGGAUGGUAUGCGAGGAAAACGCUGCUUGGUUCGCAGCCGUGUUCAGGCAGCGAGACCUGUGUUGCGGGAAUGUGAUGGGGUAAAUCGUGGAAGGGGCACGGUUUUUAGUCAUAUAUCAUAUGUUUCAAGUAGAUCUCUUGAAAUGUAACCCAUUAAGACUGUUCUCCAUUCUCUGUCUGCCCUUGUUCUUUUUCUGAUUUCUUCUCUCUUCAGACUCCACACAACUCUUGUGUUCUGAGUAACAAUAAAUUUUCAGUUUCAUAGGA